UAUCGUCUGGAAAAUUAUCUAUACCAACGUGCCAGGCGCACGUGUUCCCACCACACCGAUCUAUUCGUACCAGACGAUACCAUCAUCCCCGCCGUCAUUGACUUGUGGGACAGCAAGAUGUGCGCACAUGGAAUCAGCCUGCUGAUCUCGACACGCGAUAUCGUUGGCGAGCGUCUCAGCGAGGAUUUCCUCGGUGCGGCGGAGGCUUUAGAUUCUCUUUUGCAACGAUUCAAUGGCAUCGCUCCUCCGUCUGGCUGUCGGACGCAGACGCUCGUGCAGCGCUUGCUUGACCCGCUUGCAUUGACUACGUUUGAAGAGAUAUAUUUGGACUUGCUCAAGCCUUCCGUGCUCCCACAUAUCGGCACCGCCCUAAGGCGCACAAGAAGUUCGCAAUGGCAGAUGCAACUGUCGCAACCGCCUCUCAAGCUCCAUGAGCCCUCCUCUUGCACUCCGGACUCAAGGGUUCGCACGGUGUGAUGUAAUUUGAUCGUCUCGUCCGUGGACUGAGAUGCGUAGCUCUCAUUCUCCAGUAGAGUAUUGAAGUGCUGGCAAGUGUGCUCGUCAAGGCUCUACCCUUAGCAACUACCGCCAACAGAGACAAACUCGGUUUUGGGCCUUGCGGGCUAUGAGACCACCGCCAAAUUAUGGGAAACGUGCUGCGGACACGACCGCCCGAAAUGCCGUUAGGCAGAUACCGAGGGGCCGUGUGGUGUAUGAACAGUAUAGCAACGUAUUGGCCAUUGCGGCUUGUGUCACGGCUGCUGCAGGAGACUGGGUCGCGCCAGGUAGGAAGCCAGGUCGUUAAG